CCUAUGGAGAGUAGAGUACACCCGCAAUGACGAGCAUUCGCCAGAUAUGAGCCGAGAAAUCCCACGAGCUUUCUUCAUAUUUCUGCCUGCAGCAUUGCAGCUACAGCAAUAUCCAUAUAGUCCUUCAUUGGUGGACGUGCAGGAGGUAUACCACCACAUUGUAACCACAAGUGGGGUGAUCGACUUAUGAAACCAUGACAUGUCCGGAUGUCGCCGAGCCGUACCGCCAUACAAAGGAGAUUAAACGAUAGGUAGCUAUGUGGGUAUGACAUGCAACGCGUGGGGCGAUCGAGAGGACGACAACUCAGCAUGAGAAAUACGGACCGUGAUCUUGGUAGACGUGCUCCGGAGCAAGCAUAGAGGUACUCUCGUCCGCAGUUCCAAUGCCUUUCAUCGUUGGUCCAAGGCAGCGCAAUGCCCUUCGUCGAUCCAAGUCCUCCUUAGCGUGUUUCUUGUAUGCACCCCACAAACUUUCCCAGGGUAAACGAGGGGACAGAGCUACGAGCUUCUUUUCUGGCAUGGAAGUGAAGACGAGGUCACGAGCGUCGUCACACGAGAUCAGUCAUAGGUAGAACCAAUGGGCUGAUCAUACCUUCCCUGACUGUGCCAUCCCCGCUAUCCUCCAUAAUACAAGAAGAGCUUGCUCCUUCCUCUUUGACUUAAGCCUCAUCCUCCUGCAUCCCCUCCUCCUCCUCCUCCUCCUCCUCCUUCAUCUCCAUCACCAUCAUUCACAGUCCACCAAACACACCUGCAAUACCGUCAAGAUGAGUGCAAUCGUUGAGGAAGCCGCCGACUACGAGCCGGUCAAGGUUCUCAUCACCCUCCACGAGGGAAUGGACACGCUAGACGCUAUGGGUCCACUCGAGGUCUUCAAUGCGGCAAAACAUGAUCCAGCCAACCCAGACACCAAGGCAUUUCUCGUCAGACUCGCAGGCCCAGCAGACGGCGUCACCACCGCUCAGGGUGUCACCAUCAGCAGCCACUUCACCUACGACGACGCUCUGAAACGCUUGGGCGAGAUCGACAUUCUCGUGGUUCCAGGCGGCAACUACGCGUCCGUCAUCAAGAGCAAGAGCCAGCCACUGUCGCUGAUCAAAGCCUACACCGAGCUUCAGAAGAAGACUCCCACCCGCGAACGCUCGCUCAUGUCCGUGUGCACUGGCGCGCUCAUUCUCGCCGAAGCCGGCGUGCUUGCCGGCCUCACAGCCACCACCCACCCAGACUCCAUCACCAAAUUCGAGAUUCUCUGCUCCAACGUGACCCAGCGCGACAUGUCUGACCGCGUCGAUGUGGUCGAGGCGCGCUACGUGGUCAACAACCUCCGCUACGAGCUCGGAGAGAAUGAGGACGAGAAUCCAUACAUCUUGAACAGAAAGGAGCUCAAGGAGCAAAAGCGCCGCAAGAGUUCGGCUGGUAUGGCUCCCAUCGAGGAGAGUACCAAUGGUAGCACCAAUGGCACCAACGGCCGCCGCCCGUCCACUGCCCGCAAGGGCAGCAUGAGCCUCAAGAUGAGUACCCGUCGCGAGUCCGUACUGAAGCGCGCCAACUUGCGUCUGGGUGGCAUGCGUGUGCUCACCACUUCCGGUGUCACCUCCGGCAUCGACGGCGCUCUGUACAUGGUCGGCGCUUUGGUGUCUGAUGAUGCCGCCGAAGAGGUGGCUCGCAAGAUGUGCUACACUUGGAAGAAGGGCAUCGUCGUUGACGGUGUCGACGUUUGAUGGGUUUUAGCGAUGGCGCUCGAGGCGUCUGAUGAUGAAGAAGAAGAAGGAUGAACGACCGGUCCACUGGCAGGAAAACAUGUAAGCAUAGUAACGAUGGGACACAAACCGAGAAGCUACCUCGAAUCAAAGCGCGAAGAGCGCAUUGCUCAAGGGAGGAGUCAACUGUCGCAGCUCGUAUUGUAGCUACGAAGGAAUGAAAAGACACCAGCAUGAUUUACC